AUGAACAACAUGUGCCAAGUCGUCAUCCGAGACGGCAAUAACAUGAAAUAUGUGACGUUAAAUCUCUACAGGGGAGGGACGUUCAGAGCCGGGAGAGGGGCCAAUUCCAGGGUCCCCCAUUGUUACUCUGAAGCUCCCCACUCGGGGUCUGUCUCUCUCCAGUUGCUGGUCCAUUUCCCGCUGCUGGUCCUCCUGCUGGCUCCAGCGCCCACGGCCAAUGGCCAAGCCAUCCUUACGCAAGCCGAGCAAAAGUUGUGUGCGGACGAGCCCCUCCCCCUGGACUGCGAUGACAUCUACGACCAGGGCUCGGAGACGGACGGGGUCUAUCUCAUCUACCCCGCGGGCCCCAACACCCCCGUGCCGGUCUACUGCGACAUGACCACGGACGACGGGAAAUGGACGGUCUUCCAGAAGCGCUUCAACGGCUCCGUCAGCUUCUUCCGGGGCUGGAACGACUAUCGGUUCGGGUUCGGCAGGGCCGACGGGGAGUACUGGCUGGGUAGGGUCUUCCAGAAGCGCUUCAACGGCUCCGUCAGCUUCUUCCGGGGCUGGAACGACUAUCGGUUCGGGUUCGGCAGGGCCGACGGGGAGUACUGGCUGGGGCGGGGCCCGCUCCCCCGGUGGGACGGAGCCCCCCCUUCUAACCCGCCCCCCUCCGAUCCAGGCGACUCCUUGUCCUACCACACGGGGCAGAAGUUCUCCACCUUCGACCGGGACCAGGACCUGUACGUGCAGAACUGCGCGGCGCUCUCCUCCGGGGCCUGGUGGUUCAAAAGCUGCCACUUCUCCAACCUGAACGGCUUCUACCUGGGCGGGGCCCACCUCUCCUACGCCAACGGCCUCAACUGGGCCCAGUGGAAGGGCUUCUACUACUCGCUGCGCAAGAGCGAGAUGAAAAUCCGGCGCAUCUGAGCGUGUCGGACUGGGGGCCGCGAGUUCGAAUCCCGGGGGGGCGGGAGUGAGGGGCGCCCAUCCGAGGGGCUGGCCCCUGCCCCCUUGUGCCCCACUCUCUGUCCCCUAAUAAAACUCCCUUCCCUGAG